CUGCCUCUCUCGCAAGCCAGCUUCCCACUCACUUUAUAAACUCCCUCAUUCCCACGUCUUCCUCAUUGAUCGCCACGAACUCUCCAUUUUCUGCCAAACUAACAAUUUAGGGUUUCAAAAGAAGAUGAGCUCAACGGGAUCAACAAAGGGAGGCAGAGGCAAGCCUAAAUCCUCCAAAUCUGUUUCCAGAUCUCAGAAAGCUGGCCUCCAGUUCCCCGUUGGCCGCAUCGCCCGAUUCCUUAAAGCCGGGAAAUACGCCGAUCGCGUCGGCGCCGGCGCCCCCGUCUACCUCUCCGCCGUCCUUGAAUACCUUGCGGCUGAGGUUCUUGAACUUGCUGGAAAUGCAGCUAGGGACAACAAGAAGAAUCGAAUCGUACCAAGGCACAUACAACUGGCGGUAAGGAACGAUGAAGAGUUGAGCAAGCUUUUGGGGACUGUAACGAUUGCUAAUGGAGGCGUUUUACCGAACAUUCAUCAGAAUCUGUUGCCGAAGAAGAUUGGUAAAGGGAAGGGUGAUAUUGGAUCGGCAUCACAAGAAUUUUAGAGACUAUUUUUUGGAGUGUGAGAGAGUCUCCUUGUUUUGGAUAAAAUGUUAAAGGAUCGAAUUGUUUUCGAUGGGCUGUUUUUUGAACUUUCAAUUGAUCUUUGUAAAUCCUAAAUUUAGGGUGGUUUUGCUUUGGGUGAAUAUAGGUUCGGCGAAUUGAAAUGCUACUUCUCUUUCUUAGAAUCAAAUGAAUAUAAUAAUAUAAGUACAAGACAUUUCAUCCUACGAAAUGUCUGAGGAAGUUGGGUCUUUUUUCUGGUCA